UACGCUCCCCCCCUCCCCUCCCUCUUCCCACCUUCACUUUUUCUUCCCUUCAUCUUCUUCUUCUCCCUCUUCAAUCUCUUGCCUCAACCAAUUUCUCUGGCUUUGAUCAACCACAAAUCAAAUAAAGAGAGGGAGAGAGAUUAAACGAUUUUAAACAUACUUAUCUACUUUAAUUAAUAUCUAUCAAGAUGAGUCCAGUAGCAGGAACAGGAAAUUAUGGGGGGCAAUUUGGGGAUACAACAUACACCAAGGUGUUUGUUGGGGGAUUGGCUUGGGAGACGCAGAAGGAAACGAUGAGGAAAUACUUUGAGCAGUUUGGUGAUAUCUUGGAGGCUGUGGUCAUCACUGACAAAAAUAGUGGCAGAUCCAAAGGCUAUGGAUUUGUGACAUUUUCUGAGCCAGAAGCAGCCAUGAGGGCUUGUGUAGAUCCGGCGCCAGUGAUCGAUGGAAGGAGAGCUAACUGCAACCUUGCUUCUUUAGGGGUUCAGAGAUCCACACCAACCACACCUCAAAAUGGUUGCAACAGGAGCUUUAGGGUUAUGAAGUCCUUCCCAAGCGCAGCAGCAGGGAUUCAGAGUGGACUGGGAACAGCUUUUCCAACCCAUACAGCUGCCCCUCAUUAUGCCAUCCACCAAGGCAUUCCUUAUAAUGUCUAUGGGUACCCUCCAUACUCUGCAGAGUACAAUUAUCCUUCGGGCUAUUACAAUGUUUAUGGAGGUGCGACUGCACAAUACCCAAUGUAUGGAGGGACAUCUGGAGCCUUUUAUCCAUACAUACAGUAUGGACAAGGUGGAGCAGCAGCCUAUGGCCAUGCUGCUCAAGGCUACAACACGCAGUAUCCUCAUAUGUUUCAGUACCCAGCGGCUCUUGCCUCCUCUGCUGCCGUCACUGGUUUCGCCCACCAUUAUGGGGGCUCCAUCUCCUUCGCAACAAACCCUCCGGCUCAACCAGUGUGCUUUGCCAUAAAACAGGCAUGAACAUGGCUCUCCCUGCUCCAACGCUACCAACUCCAACAAUUCAUAAUUACAGACUCCUUCCUGCUCACUUCACUCCAUCGGCGGCAUCUGAGCAACCCUUGGCUUAACCAUGUUUUUUCCUUCUCUCUCCAUCCAUGUCAUUCCGGUGUCUCUCUAUGCAUCACGGUGUCUCUAACAUGAAGACCGCAGUGUUUUCUUUCCCAUACCCUAGUCCUAAAUUGGGCUAGAAAAGCAUCCAUCUCAUCUUUGAAGGUUAAAGUAUUCCAACUCCCACUUGUUCUUGUGGUGAACGGGAUACUCAAUCUCCGCUUUAGCCCUAGGAUGGGCUAUUUAAGCAUGCAUCCAUCAACAUCCCAAGGUGGGAUAUUGUUCCACUGGCUUUCGCCCUUUCGUUAGUCAAGUUCAAGAACUCUUCUGACCGAAGAAGGCUCCGAGACAUAACAAAUAAUAUACAUCUUGUUGAACCUAGCCUAAGGUGGCUAUGGGCUAACACAACCCUACUAUAGGCAUGAGAACCCUAGCCCCAUAAGGGCUGACAUAACCUAAUUAGGACUUGCAUGAUGUUGGACUACUUAAACAAGCAGGUUUUCCCUCCAAUAAUAGCCUUAGCUUGGCUUCACCCGGGCAGAGCAAACCCCAGCUAGUUCAUGAUUUAGUCUUAGUUACCCUUGGAAGGGUCCGAUUGAGCCUUAAACCAACCAACCAAUCUAACAACUACAAGAGUUUGAUAAAAACUAACCAACCACUCAACUUAUCUAAGAAAAGAUAAGAUGCUUCAACUAACACACCACUUUUUCGUUUUAUGUACAUUCAUGUGGCUAGGCUCUAAGGAGAGCCUUAGUCCGAUUAACUCAUAAGGAGGGCUAAUGUUUAUUUUUGGCAUUUUAGCCCCUACCUAUAUGUCUAACUUCUGAUGUGCUCCUUAGAUGGCUUUGGAGUUCCAAACUCCCCUGUAACUCACCUUCUUACUUUUCUCUCCAGCUUCACGCGCAUUGGACUUCAUGAAAGAUCAUUUUGUUUCUUGAGUCCCACCUUCUUCUCCCACUUCCCCAUCAUUCCCAUGGUUAAAGCUUAAGGGUUCAUCCCUCUUAUAUAUGAUUUCUUAUAUGUUAUUAUAAGACAUGGGCUGUAAUAACUAAGCACUCCACUUAGGACAUGCUGAUACUGUUCUAUGUUCCAUGCUGCAUGACAAUGCACCUGGCUCUGGUGCUAUUGAAGCAGUUUGAUGUUUUUAAUUCAUGUGAUGAACUCUCUAUGUACUACCAUGAAGCAACAUGCUCAUCUUAAUUAGAAGCUUUUCAUAUCCAAUGAUGAUCAUUAUAAGAACA